AUGCUCCAGGCAGGGACUGCACGCCUAGUUUGCCUGUGCGAGGGGCUGCUGAGCUGCGAGGACUUGGCGCGCCGCCUCCGCCGCCCGGAUCCAGCUCCAGAGCCGCAAGAGUCCAAGAGCUACGACCUGGCUCAGAAGCAGGGGCUUGCGGACUUCCUGAAAGAUGCGGACAUCCGCUUGGUGCGAGCCGACUUCAUUAAGAAGCUGCACCGGGAAGGACAGCGUCUCCCGCGGCGCCAGGAAGCGGAGUCCGCUUACGUGGACGGCCGCACGGCGCUGGUGACACACGAGGAGGUCAAAGACUGGGCCGAUGGCAAGGCGCCUGACGACACCCAGCUCGUCUCGCUUUCCCACUGUUGGGAGUCGAGAGAGCAUUGCGACCCCUACGGAUACCAAGUUACCAAGCUAGCCAAGGCUCUUGAUGGAGAGGAGUGGGUGUUCAUCGACUAUGUAUCUCUGUAUCAGUUCCAGCGACUCUCCCAGCAGCAGAACCUCGGCUUCCGGCGCGCGAUGCAGCACAUGCAUGUGCUGUAUUGCCAUGAUGAGACAAGCACACUACGAAUUGAGUCUCUGACGCCGAAGGACUGCAUAGCAGAAGCCAAGAGAAAGCAAGACUCUGUCAUAUUGUAUCACCACCCAACCGGCCUGGUGAAACCAGUGCCGGUCACUGAAUUGGUCGAGAACCGCACCCCGUAUGGGGAGCGAGGUUGGUGUGUUGCAGAGAGGGAGUGGUCCAGCACUCGGGCAGACACUAACCUUUCGCGUGAAAUAGAUGCGCCGCAAGGCGAGAAAGGGGGCAUCGCCCCGAUGUUGCCGGAGGCAUUUCGAAAGGAU